AUGACUGAAGUGAUUUCUUAUAGGUUCAAGAAAAAACCGCCCAAUUUGAGAUAUGACUUAGAAGAAAAGAACGAGGGAUGGGGUUUAUUUAUUAAAUAUAUAGAAGACUUAAAAAGAAUUUGUAAUUUUUCAAUACAAGAGAGUGAAUGUGUAUUAGAUUCAUGUAACGAAGACAAUAUUAUUGCAAAUAAAAAGGUCGCCAUUGAAAAUAUAGGUGACAUAAUAAAAUUUAAAAAAUGGAAUGAUGAUAUGGAGUUUGACAAGCAUUCUGUUUGCAAAGAAUCUUCAUCAGACGAUGAUUGUUAUUCCCCAGAGUCUGGUAGCGUUUUUAAUUUUAAUAAAUAUAGCAUAAUUGAAAACAAUAUAUAUUCAACCAAUGCUAACGCGAAAAGGCAAAAAAUUAAAGAUAAUUUCAUUAACAGUUACACAGCCAAUGGAAAUUAUGAAAUUAAAGAGGAGAAUAAAGAAAAUGUCUUUGAAAAUUUCUAUAAAAAAAGAGAAAAAAAAAAUAUUUUUAGGAGUUUUCAUAAGGAGUAUGAUUUUAAGAAUAAUACUAGUAAAUUAUUAAGUAAUAGUGAAAACAGUACUGAUGAUAAAAUUGUUAUACGUAAAUCUGUCAUUCAAAAUAAUGAAAAUAAUUUUCUCAAAAAAAAAAAAAAUAUAUCUUAUAUAUAUAGUCAAAAUGGAUAUAAUCAUACAUUCCAUUGUGAACAGAAUGAUAAUUAUUCCUAUGUACAAGAUAGAAAAGAUCAAGAAUAUUAUAAUUUUCAUGGUAAUAAUGAAAAUUUUAAGAAAAAUAAAUUUCUUAAGAAUAAAUAUCGCCAAAAUGGUAAUAAUAAUGCGAAAAAUAAGCGAGCAAAAAUGUUAAAUUUAAAUAAUGGUGAAGUAAUUUCAAGAAAUGUUUAUAGUAAUAUGUCUGAAGAUAGUAAUAAUGAUAUUAGUGAGGAUGAGGUACUAGAUAAGCAACAAAGAGUAUUUAUUAAAAGAAAUAAUAAGUAUGAAGAGUAUACAAGAAGAGUUAAUAAUAUAAAUAAAAACAACAUUUACAAUAGGGGUCAUAUUAAUCCUGGAAGGAAGAAAAAGCAAGUGGAUAAAAAACAAAAAAAAAAUUUAGAAAUCGAUGGAUCAUAUGCAUAUAAUUAUGCAUACUUAAAUAAAAAGGAUGGAUCUUCCACGUCAAGCCCAUUAGAAGCAGUAAAUGACACUAUAAUGAAUUUGGAAGAAGAAAUAAAUAAUUAUAAGUUUGGUAAUUCCAUGUAA